AUGAACACCGGACUCAAGAACGACUCGCCGCCAGACCUUAGCGAUGAGGCAGACACAGUUCCAACCGAAGUUCCAGUGAAUGAGAAAGCUCUGCUACGCAAGCUCGAUCUGCGGCUUCUGCCCGCCGUUGGGAUACUGUAUCUUCUUUCAUUCUUGGAUCGCAGCAAUGUUGGGAACGCUCGUAUUGAAGGGAUGAUUGAUGAUUUGCAUAUGUGUAAGAUUGACUAUUCUUUCGUCUUUGAUGUUUCUGACAAAUCUCAGCUGGCAAUGAGUACUUGA